AUGCAAUCAUUUUUUGUUAGGAAACCAAGUCCAGCAGUUCAUGAACCCAGAAUUCGCUCAGGAACUUGGGAAGAGCCGACAUGUGAACAUAGGGUGGCGCCCCCGCUUACUCACUCCCGUACCCUGCAACACACUGGUUCUCAGAGGAGUUCUGAGGACAGUUGGUGUUCGGGGUCCGAUCCAGAGCUGUCUUCGGACGAGGAAAGCGAUAGAAGCGCCGCAUCCAGUAAUAGAAGUAAUGGUCAGCUUAGAAACACGCUGAACAAAGCACGUACGCUGUGUGAUAAAUGGCGGGGAAGUGGAGGCAUAGGUUCAAACAACCGUCUGUCCUUGGACAGUGCUUUGCCAGUCGACACUUCCCCCCAAAAUCAUGGCAGAUUGUCCCGAUGGUUUUCCAUCAGAAGAGGGAGUAAUCAUCAGUAUGAUAUAGAAAAUGCAGACGCCCAAAGAACCCCACCAAAUUCCAAUAAAAUGCCACAAUUGCCAGAGGUGGAAGAAGAAGCUGGUUUACAUUUUUCCAGCUGCAACUCUUCCCAGCGGCGGCAGCUACCACCCAGUUUACCCCCGCCUCCUCCUAAUUUAACCCCCUUACAGUUAAAAAGGAGGAUGAUAGUAUCAGCCAUUGUACAUAGUGAGAAUUCAUACAUAGCUACCCUGCAAAGGCUAGUAAACGAUUACAAAAAGCCCUUAGAAGAAAGCAACCCUCCAGUGUUAAGCAGUUCAAAAAUCCAAACUUUAUUCCAUAGACUACCAGAGAUCUUACAGUGCCAUACACUUUUUCGAAUAGCUAUAGCAGAAUAUGUCAGAAAUUGGGACAGGGACGAGAAGAUCGGCGAUGUGUUCGUAGCUUCGUUUUCCAAAGCUAUAGUGCUGGACAUUUAUAGCGGUUUCAUAAACAACUUUUCCGUUGCCAUGGACCUUGCGAAGAUGGAAGCGAAAAGAAAAUCGGCGUUGGCAGAUUUCCUCAAGGUGAAGCAAAUCAGUUCACAUGACCGAUUAUCAUUUUUUGGACUUAUGGUGAAACCUGUCCAAAGAUUUCCACAGUUUAUUUUAUUUUUACAGGAUCUGUUAAAAUACACGCCACAUGGCCAUCACGACCGCAUGUCUCUCCAGUUAGCUCUAACCCAACUCGAAUCAUUGGCAGAAAUGCUCAACGAAAGGAAGAGGGAAGCGGAACAAUAUCAAGCAUUUAAAGAAAUGCUGAGAAACAUUAGCGGAAAGUUCUCUGUCAGGCCAUUGUCAGACAGUAAUAGGUAUCUUCUACGGGAAGAUAAUGUAACACAAUUGGAAUAUAGCCAAAACGGCAUGAUAACCAAAGCAAAGAGCCGACGACUACUUCUCCUUAACGAUCUAGUUGUCUGCGUCGCGGUAGCUUCCAAGUCAGCUGACGAUUUCAGCAACAAUGAAAGACUGAGUCUAAAAUGGACCUAUCCCGUAUCGGACAUUGAAAUUCAAGAUACCAGUACUUCUCCUACGCUUAGUAGGAUACUUACGUCACACGGUUCUAAGGGAGGAAGCGUGAAGUCUAACGGCUCAUUCGAAGGGACUCCUCCGCAAGAAGCAAGUAACUUAUGCGCCGAGAUGAGCAAUCUCAUGCACGACUAUGAAGUUAUGAGCAGAAUAAGUGAUCUUACUGGUCAACUAAAGGGUAGCUACAAAGACAUCAACCUAGAUAAUUCUAGAAAAAUACUUCACCAAAUCCAGAGUUCGAUCCAACAAAAGGACGAAGAAAUGGCAUGGAUGGACUCGUGUUGUCUUCAGUUAGUGAUCAAAGUCAAAGGAAAAGAGGAAAUAUUCACGUUCCAAACUGAUAACCCUAAUAUCAAGAAGGAGUGGAUUACCGAAUUGAGACUGGCGCAGUUGGCAUUGGACCCGAACAACUCUCCAGCCUGGGAAGUACCUGAACAAGAACAAAGGCCGUCUACAAAAAUGCCGCUGUUCGUGAAGUCGCAGAGUGUCUACAGUUCACAGCAUCAAACAGAGGUGCGCUGUGGUUGUUACUACACUGUAACUUUACCAAAGACAGCCAAAAGGAGACAUCGGAUUCAAAACUACCUGUGGGUUUGCACAACAGAUGGAGCCAGCAGUCACAUUUCCGUACUUGCUCAACACCACCAACAGGCUGGAUAUCUGAAAGACUUCACAUCAUUUUCGCUAGUGGAAACUCAGAUAACCGCUAUGGAGUUUGUAAAAGGUUCUUCGCCACCGUGUCCAAACUUAGCUACAGAUACAGUUUGGAUUGGUACCGACAGGCACAAACUUCUCUUGUACGCCGCCGAUGAACCUGAAAAACAAGAAGAAGUAGCCAAUACGACAGUUUCUGACGUCAUAAUGCAUAUUAAAUACCACUGUGAUAAUGUUUUCGUGGCUCUGGCCAAUGGAACAAUUUGUGUAUAUAGAAAGAACCCCAUAGACGGUGCUUGGCUCAUCAACGAGCCUCAAGUCUUGAAUUUAGGAACUGACCCAGUAUCGUGCUUAUUGCCAAUCAAUCUUUCGUUGUAUGCCGCUUGCGGAAAGAAGGUUUGGGUAUUAAAUGGUAUGACAGGAGACGUACAGAAAAAUUUCUCUAUACAACAUGAGCAUUUCGGAAAUGUCAAUCUAAUGGCCCACAGUGGUAUUGGUUUAUGGAUAUCACAGAAAAAUUCUAGUACAAUAUGUCUGUACCACACAGAAACGUUCAAACAUCUCCAAGACAUUAACAUAGCUUCCAUUGUGAUGAGAAUCAACGGCUCUCUAGGUCCCAGAGAUUCUUUGAACAACAAUAGAUCGGUGGUAUAUGUGACUGCUCUUUUAGCUUGUAAGGGAUUGUUGUGGGUAGGAACUAAUGUAGGUAGGGCUUUGACGAUACCACUGCCAAGACUAGAAGGAGUGCCCAUCAUCAGUGGACGUGUGAAUAUUUCCUAUCACGCUCAUUUUGGACCAAUUUCUUUUCUACUAGCUCUACAACCAAAGAAUUACAAUAACUCUUCACUAAAGUCAGCUUUAAGCAAAGAAGAAGUAAAACAAGAAUCUGAAAGUAUGGAUAAUAGCUUUGUAGAAAAGUCCGAAGACGGUCCAAUUAGACCUAAGAUGGAGAAGCAGCUGUCUGACAGCUCGAUGCAUAGCGUUUCUGCCAAACUUAAAUACCUGGCUGGUAGUCCUGUAGUUUUAAGGAAAAGAAGAAGUAAAGAAAAUGAUCUGGCGAGGAUAUCUAAGACGUUACCAAGAGGUUUAGGUAACGGUGGAUCAAUCUUUUCAACGUCUAGCACAUCUUCCCAAAGUUCAGGUGAUACAAAUAACGUAUACGGCCUCUACAGCGAACUGAUGUACGUCAAAGACUACGAGCGGGAAGAAAACAUCCUUACCGAUCCAGUAUAUGAAUCUCUUAGACGCAGCGAUCCGGAACUAGCUGCUAUUCCAAACAAAGUCAGUACUCUCGACAGAAGACUGAAGAUGAAGGUAUCUCGACCAAGAUCCUUAGACUUAUCGAAUUGGUCGGUAGAUUCCAGGUCCUCUAGCCUAUGUACCUCGUCCGGAUCAGAAGAGAGCAUGGCUAUGAGGCUUAACAACAUGGCGCGAAGCGUUUCAAGGAAUAACUCGAAUGCCUCCAGACAGCUGAACGGUGUUAGUGAAACAGUUAUAGAAAAAGAAACUCCGGUAGAAAAAGAGGCUGUCAGUGUAGUAAAACCAACAAAUAGUAGGACAUUAUCUAAGAACAAAAAUAAUAAUUUUGACAACGGUAGAAGGACUGUCAUUACUUUAAUGGGCGGUAGAGGCUAUGUUAAUUACAGACAACCUUGCUGCUCGGCAGAUAAAAUGAAACCCGGUAUUACCGGCAAAGAUGCUAAUUGUAAUGAUGCUCAUAUUGUUAUAUGGGAAUUAAAAUUGUGA